CAUCAAUUUCGAUUCAUUAAGUUUUGCAUACAAAAGGUUCAUUUGUUGGAUUAUUAUUUGUUAGAAUGAUAAAUGUUGUAUCUCCUAAGCCAAAAUUUAUGCAAAUCUUUUCUCUUCUCCGCUUGUCUUUUUAUUUAUCUCUUUGUAUUGACUAAAAUUAGAAAAAAAAAAGACAUCCAUUUUUGGGUAGAAGCAAAGGGUUCUGAUCUUAGUGGCAGAAAGAAAAAACAGGAACCUCAUUGCUCCUCUUUCAGAUGCAUUGGAAAUCAAAUUACAUGUCCUAAAGAGGAAGAGGAGAGAAUUCUUUCUCCUUUCCUAUUUAAUUUUUAAGAAAAAUAUGGCAUGCAAUUAUAGUUCAUGGUUUUAUCUCAUUUUCUUCUUCCUCGUAACUGAACUUGCCACCUCUUCCUCUGUCAUUUCCUAUGAUGCACUUAGUGCUCAUGAACAUUCUGGCCGUACCCUUCUCCAGGUCAAGAAAGAAUGCAAUAUAAGUUUUGAGAAUUUGGAUUAUAGUGUCCUGACAAAGAACUGUAAAGGACCUCAGUAUCCUGUCAAGCCAUGUUGUGGGGCAUUGACAGAAUUUGCUUGCCCUUAUGCAGAAACCCUAAAUGACAGAACAAAUAACUGUGCUGAAACCAUGUUCAGCUACAUAAAUCUCUAUGGUAAAUACCCUCCUGGCUUAUUUGCCAACGAAUGCAGAGGUGAUAAAGAUGGUCUUAGCUGUGAUGAUGUGAAAAAUUCUACCUCUAGCGGUGUUCAAAUUGGUGCUUCUCAAUCAUUGAUGCUCACUGCUGGAUUUAUAGGAUUGUAUUUCCAGUUGUUUUAGAUUAUGAAGCUUGGAUCAUUAUCACUUCAUGAUUUUAAAAAUUGAUACAUCUUUCCAUCGCUACAAUAUUGCUCUAAUAGGUUCCUUUUUCUUUUCUUAAACUGAUGCUCUAUUACAUUGUAUUCUUUCAAAUUAUACUUUCCUCAA